UAUCAGCCAAUGGUGUUCGACAUUCAAACACUGCUUUUAAAGUACUCAACACAACGAAUGCAGAUCAUUAUCGUUGAUCGCUCGAACACUGUGCCACUAUCACUCAUAGAGUUUCAUAGAGAGUUAACGAAACGUGUCAUCUUGCUUUGUACAAACUGAGUGAACGAGCACUUCGGAGAUUAAAAUCGGUAUUGAAUAAACUGAAAUACAAAUGGCUAACAAACGCGCAAAUCCUUUCUCUAUUUCAAGUCUUCUGGAGGACAAAGCCGGGAAUGAAAAUGUUUGUGCAGUAAAAGAAGAAUGUUAUGAGUCUGAAGGAGAAUGUGAGAAAGAAAGAAUUCCAAGUGUUACAGAUGACAAUCAACAGCACACUAUUCAUUCAUGGUACGCCAAUUACCAAGAACCACAGCCAAACAUGGAAACAAAUUUACAAGACAAACAAUACAGCGGAUUAAAGUCUCCACCACUCGAGUCUGACGACGAGACAAGCAACGAUUCCUUAAAGAAACGAAGGAAGAAGAAGACUAGAACAGUCUUUUCAAGAACGCAAGUUUACAGGCUUGAGACAAUGUUCGACUUGAAGCGAUAUUUGAGUUCGGCCGAGAGAGCUGCCUUAGCAGUACAACUCAAUCUUACAGAGACACAAGUAAAGAUAUGGUUUCAAAAUCGUAGAAAUAAAUGGAAAAGACAAAUAGCUGCAGAACUUGACGUUAAUGUUGCGCACGGGUCGCCCGCUCAAAGGUAUCUUAAAGUUCCAUUGUUGUAUCACGAAGCCAAUCUACGAAAUGCUGCUUUUCCUUAUUCACCAUUUAUAACUCCUUAUCCGGCCUUUCAUUAUCAAUCUUCUUUUGCCCCCAUGAUUGCAAAUCACAUGAAACUGGCACCUAUGUCUUAUGAAAAAGGACCGAUCCUUUAAAUGAAUGAAAAGGAGGCACAUUGAAAAGAAUCCCGCUACUUCAUAUUCAUACGACGAUGGAGCAGGGCAAAAUUUUCUCAUUCGUUGAAUUAGUUCAACCAACCAAAAGAAAUAGCACAUUAAAAUGGCUGUUAAUUGUAAUGAAUUAUGAGAGGAAAAAACUCAACAACAUAAGAAGUCUGGAAAAAAAGUAUUCGAAAUAUUCGAAAAGCAUUUUCAGAAAAUUAAAUUGAACUGUGUUGUAAAUAGAAUUUGUAAAAUAUUUUGUGAUUUUGAAUAAACGAUUUCUCAAAAUAA